UGGCUUCGGCUUUGAUAACUUUCUCAAGAUUAUUCAUUUUGAUUGUUGUAAAAAAUGCCUUCUUUAAACUUGAGCGAAAAUGAUCGUGCUGUGUUAAAUAGUAUAUUUAAUCCGUCUCAACCAUUAGGAGAAAACGCAUUCGAGGAAGAUAUUCCAGAAUUAUUAGAAGAUCAAGAAGACCCGCAAACACCAUUUUUGAACGACGCACGAGCCUUGGAAGCUGAAGCUGUCCGUUUGGCCGAAGCCGGGGAUUUGGCAGCCGCGCUGACCGUGGUGGACCGCGCGAUAGACCUGCUGCCCGGUCGUCCUUCAGGUUACAACAAUCGCGCACAAGUUCACAGGCUGGCGGGACGAGACCAAGAUGCUUUGUCGGAUUUAACUAUGGCUGUGAACCUCAGCUCCGGAAAAGGAAGAUCUGGUGUGCAGGCUUUAUGUCAACGGGGCCUCCUGUACAGAAAAACUGGUGAAGACGAUUUAGCUCGGGAAGAUUUCAACAAAGCCGCAAGCUUAGGCUCCACCUUUGCAAAAAAUCAGUUAGUGGAAAUGAAUCCUUAUGCUGCUUUAUGUAAUCAAAUGUUGGGAGAAGUUUUUGCCAAAUUAAAAUAAUAGAUAAA